GAGGGAAGUGAUCUCUCAUCACUGUCUUCUUCACACUCAGCAUUCAAACCCUAGAAGAAAGGCAAUGUCGACGGCGUUUGGAUUGCUCCGGGGAUCCAGGGCUUUGCUAGCCGCCGCCAGGUCUCCCGCGGUGACGAGCGUAAAAGCCAACUAAGCAAAAGAAGCCAACCCCACCGUCUGGGAUAAUGAAGGCCAAACCGAUAUCGCUCGCACUUCAGGAUUUUGUGGGUGAGCCAGAAAUUUCUAGGGUAGAGGCUGUGAAGAAAGUCUGGGCGUACAUCAAGCUCAACGAUCUUCAGAACCCGGUAGAUAGGAGGGAGAUCUUCUGUGAUGACAAGCUCAAGAAGCUCUUUGAAGGAAAGGAGAAAGUGGGAUUCCUUGAGAUCGCUAAGCUGCUCUCUUUCCACUUUGUGAAGACAGCUUGAAUGCUGCUGGGGUUCGUUGUCCAAACCUCGUGAAGAAGUUUGCUUGCAAGUUCUAAUUUAACAUUCUUUUUUUUUUGUGGAGACUUCCAAGUUAGUAUUUUCUAGCUUGACAAUGUAAAGGUAGGAUGAUUUCUGCUUUCUCUCUCUCCCUCUUGCUAAGAUGUUUCUGAUUUCUGCACACAGAGGAACAGACUAAUUGUUUAUCUGAAAUUCAUAAAUUUUGACUAA